AUGCGCACAAUCCUCAGCCCUCGGCGCUUCGUUUUCCGCCUCACACCAAGCGUCCGCUACGCUUCCAACUUCCGUGCUUCGCCGUCGCCGCACCGCCUACCUGACGAGGAACAGAAGAUUUUCGAAGAGCUUCAACGCCGCUCGACAGGUGCCUUCAGCACUCCGCGAGAGCCUCCUGCCAUCAACCAAUCGCCACACACGGCUUCGCCGGCAACACCAACAUCACGUCCGCACAUCAACCAGUCGCCCGAUUCAGCCACCGAAGAGAAAGUGUACAAGGUCGCUGCAGAUGGUGAAGGCGAGGAGCUGCACCCGGAUAUUCGAAGAGGCGCUCGCCCCGAAUUCGACGGUGACACCAAUCCCAGGACCGGCGAGGUCGGUGGCCCCAAGAACGAGCCGCUUCGGUGGGGUGCAUCUGGCGACUGGAGCUUCAACGGGAGAGUGACGGAUUUCUAA